AAUUAAACAUAGGCCGCCGUAAAAAAGCGUAAAUGUAACACCGAAACACGUUAUUCAAAUGCAAACAAAUGUGUAAUUAUUGUAACUUGCGAACGAUAUACAUAUAGAAUUUAUUUUCUAUAGAAGGCAUAAUGAUUGUCGCAAUAGAUUUACCGAUGCAACUGAUAUCAUACUAAACCAUCGCGAUCUAUUGACUCAUCGCAAUUGUUUGGGUCAAGUAUUGUUAUUGGUCAUUUAAGCGCGCACAGCAACGUACGAUCUUUUAGAUCGUGACUGUAUCUGUUGCUAUACUGAAGCAAAGAACGAUUUCUCGAGAUCUCAAAGUAUGUUGUAAAUCGCAAAAUAUCCUUAAACUUCUCGUAACAAUAUUGGUCCGUCUUUUUUACGUCCGGAUAAAAUCAGAGCAAUGGACGAUUUUGAAUUUAGUGGUCAUUACAGCGACACAAUUGGAGAUUUCAAAGAACUACCCUUAAGAGCAUUUCGCACUCGAGAUCAAGAUCAAGCGACAAAUGCCGAAGAUGUUUUAUUUGACAUGUUUAAAAAGGAAGAGACCGGUCUUGUAUCAGUGGCAGAAUUUCUAGCUGCUUUAAGAAUAACCGGCUUAAGAAAGAAUGAUCCUCGACUUCAAGAACUUACGGACAAUCUAAAGAAAGAGCAUGCAAACUCUGGUGCCCAAGCUAUAUCGCACGAAACGCAAAAGCUAGACAGAGAACAAUUUAGAAGGAUCAUAAAUCCCAAUAUCGUUCUGAUCUCACGAGCGUUCAGGCACCAGUUCAUAAUUCCCGACUGGUCAGGUUUCACGAAACACAUUGAGGAUUUUUAUUGGAAAUGUAAAACGAACACUGAAGGCAAGGUCGCCUCCUAUAUACCGCAGUUAGCCAGGAUGAAUCCGGAAUAUUGGGGCGUAUCUGUGUGCACUAUCGACGGCCAGCGGUUUAGCAUUGGGGAUACCUCGAUACCGUUCACCCUUCAAAGUUGCAGCAAACCUUUGACCUACGCGAUAGCCUUGGACAGGCUGGGUCAGGAAAUGGUACAUCAAUACGUUGGUCAAGAACCGUCCGGUAGAAAUUUCAACGAACUCGUACUUGAUUAUAACAAAAAGCCGCACAAUCCAAUGAUCAACGCCGGUGCAAUAUUAGUUUGUUCGCUUCUGAAAACAUUAGUCAAGCCAGAAAUGGGUCUGGCAGAAAAAUUUGAUUUUGCGAUGAAUUAUUUUAAAAGAUUGGCCGGUGGUGAAAAUUUGGGAUUUAACAACGCUGUCUUUCUGUCGGAGCGAGAAGCUGCCGAUCGAAAUUACGCUUUAGGAUUUUACAUGAGAGAGCACAGAUGUUAUCCGGAGAAGACAAAUCUACAAGAAGUUAUGGAUUUUUAUUUUCAGUGCUGUGCCAUGGAAGCAAAUUGUGAGACGAUGGCAGUAAUGGCAGCUACGUUAGCAAACGGCGGUAUUUGUCCGAUUACCGAGGAGAAGGUUCUAAAACCGGACAGCGUCCGUGAUGUUUUAAGUCUUAUGCACAGCUGCGGCAUGUACGACUAUAGCGGACAAUUCGCGUUUAAAGUUGGUAUACCAGCGAAAUCCGGUGUAUCGGGAAGCCUCCUCGUGGUAAUUCCAAAUGUCAUGGGAAUUUGCACGUGGUCUCCACCCUUGGAUCCGCUUGGUAAUUCCUGUCGCGGUGUGCAAUUCUGUGAGGAGCUUGUGAAUGAAUUUAACUUUCACAGGUAUGAUAAUUUAAAGCACGCAACGAAUAAGAAGGAUCCUAGACGGCACAAAUACGAGACGAAAGGCCUCUCGAUCGUUAAUCUUCUGUUCAGCGCUGCUAGUGGUGACGUCACAGCGAUGAGAAGACACCGAUUGAGCGGAAUGGACAUGACACUGUCGGAUUACGACGGCAGAACCGCAUUACACUUGGCCGCCAGCGAAGGUCAUCUAGAUUGCGUCGAGUUUCUGAUCGAACAUUGCGGGGUCCCACACGAUCCCAAGGAUAGAUGGGGCAAAAGGCCAGUCGACGAAGCCGAGACUUUUGGUCACAUGCAGGUAGUGGAAUAUUUGAACAACUACGCUCUCGCUCGUAAGACCGAGCUGGAGAACAAACAGAACGAGUGUAUCGAUAACAAUUCAUGUCGCAAACCACCGGAAACGGCGGUGCAAUCGCCACUACCGUGAACAACAAACGAUGAUGAAUUUACGAAAAAUUGGAGUGACGAGGGUGAGGUUGGGAACAAGGGCUCUUAGUGGGAACUGCGAAAGCGAGACGACAUAUCGAUCGUGAUAGAAUAGGGUCACAAAAAAUGCAUUUUAUAUAACAAGAAUAAUUCUUAAAUAUUAUAUCAUUUGAAAAUAGUAUACAUAACACAUAUACAGAAUUAUUCCAUAAUUGUUUGUAUAUAAUAAUUAUUUGUAAUUGCUGAUCACAUUUUUUAUUCGACAAUUUUAAUAUGAAAGAAUUUAUAUUAGCUUUAAACGGACAAUAAUGAGAAACAAUAAUUUAUAACUUUUAGAAUCCGUGACCUUGUUCCAUUUACGUGCGAUAGAGUUAUCUUGACGACGAUGAGCAGCACACUCAGAUUAAUAAUAACUGUGAUUAAUAUUACGUACGCGUUUUUUCUUCGCGAUUUAGUUAGCAUUAAAAGACCGCGAUAGUAAGGGGCUCGUUUAUCGUUUCAUUAAUUUAUAUUUUAGUUCUACCUCGCAUUCUUUACUAUCGAUUAUACCUUCGCUUUUUAAAGUACUUUGAUAUUUUUUUCAUAUACAUUUCUGAAGUAAUGAAUAAUGAAAUAUGAUAGAUAAAUGAAUAAUAGAAAUUUUCAGUUUAUAUAUUAGUCCAAAAAAGUACAAACCCAAUGUUGUUUGAUUUUUAAGUUUGAACUCUGUUUGGUAUUUAGAUUUUUAAUAAAAUAUUCUUUAUACAGAUAUAUUCAUUUAAUAGACAACAAGAUAGUACAUUUUGUACAUCGUAAUUUUAAAUAAAUAAUUUUAAACUGUUUUAAAUAAAUAAUUUUAUAACUGUUUUUAAAAAUUUUCUGAUUAUGCAAUUAUCUUUAUUAUUGAUCAUAUAACAGAACAUGAGUAAAUUUUCUUAUCACAAGAUCUUAACAUAAAAUCUGCCUUAAAAACGAAAAAA